AUGGAAUCCAAGCCCAUCACUCGAGAAGCAUCAAACGAUGAAGGUAAAGACACCAAAGGUGGAAUUGAGGAGUCCCCUAGCACCAGUACUUCCGAAACGACCGCUAAAGAAGAUGUGGUGGCCAUACCACGAGAAUCAGUGAUUGUUCCAUCCCUGUUACUCAGUCGAAUGCAGAAGAUUAUGCUAAGUGGGACUAUAUCAGUCACGUACUUUAUGAUGUCAUUAUCUGUAGGAUCGGGAUUGUUGAUCAUACCUGUUAUGGCUGAUUAUUUCGAUGUUUCCGUCUUGGCCGUUCAAUGGAUAACUUCGGCUUAUCAAUUGGCUUAUAUAUGUGUUGAACCUCAUUGGAUCAGUGGUCUGUUGGUAUCAGGAAGAUUAGCUGAUCUGUACGGUCGAAAGAAACUUUAUCUCCUGGGUAUGUUGGUCAGUACGAUAGCCAAUGUAAUCUCGGGCGUUAUACCGGACCGAAUCGCUCUAACGGUCUUCCGAGCCAUCGCCGGACUAGGUCUAUCGAUCUCGACCCCAGCAGGAUUCGGUAUAAUAGGAAUAACAUUCCGUGAAGAACCAUCUCGAACAAUAGCAUUCGCAGCGUUGGGAGUGGGUACUCCGUUAGGUGCUGUGGUGGGGGAGGUAGGUCGUGGGUGGAUUGAUAGCUGUUUAAUGACUGGUCGCCAUGAUCUGUUGGUUCAUGGAAAAGGUUGGCAAUACCUUUAUUUCCUCAUAGCGGGAUUCGGUAUCCUACCUAUCAUCACGGGAAUAUUCUACAUCCCAUCGGACGAGAAGACCACUCCUCCUCGAGGACAAUUGACGGACAUACCUGAUGAUCCUGCUGGGAAGAUGGAGAAGAGUAGGAAGGUAGAUUGGACAGGUGCAGGGUUGAUAACCGUCGGAUUGAGCUUGUUAUUGUUCUCUUUCACUCAAGCUGGACUGGUGGAUGAAGGGUGGAAAACACCUUAUGUCCCACCUGUAUUUUCGAUAUCAGUCAUCCUCAUAAUAGUAUUCGGAAUAUGGGAAUAUCACCUCGAACAUCGUGUUGCAACUUCAAACGUACCUCCCAUAGUGAGCUUCCUUCGAUUGGAUGGGAGGUUGUGGAUGAGUAUACCUAACAAGUUGCAUCUCCCACCUGCUCCGAUCACAGGUAUAAUCUGUUCUUACCUUGUGACUCUUGCUGCCCCUCGAAUUACAGCCCCUGUCUUACUUGCUUUAGGAGGAAUAUCCACUGGCCUGGCGAACGCUCUAUUCGCUUUCCAACCUCCUCAUUCGAUGUACUGGGUCCAUAAAUUCUUCGGAGCGAUAUUACAUCCUUUCGGAGGUGAUCUAACUAUCCCCAUUGGCAGUGUCAUGAUCUCCAAUUUAGUUGAUGAUGACGAGCAAAAUAUAGCUGGUGCAUUGUUUCAAGUUGCUUUGCAAAUUGCAGGUACAUUAGAUCUAUGUCUGUCAUCUAUCAUCUUGACUCGAAUCGAAUCGAUGCAUGAUCUAUUGGAGGGGUUGAGGAUAUCAUUAUGGUUUAACGCAGCUUGUUGUUGGCUCGUGCUGGUUAUAAUCUUUUUGGCAUUCAGAAAAAUUGGAUUAGCCAAAGAUGUCGCAAAAGCUAUCCGAAUGGUCAAGGAAUAA